AUGAGCGACGAAGUCGAAACGCCGCUGCAGCCGCGCAUCUCGCGCUUCAGGGAACACACGAAUACAAAUAAUAGCAUACGUCCGCCGCCUGAAGAGCUGUGGAAGGACCUGGGGAUUGACGAUCUGAUUGAGCAGUUCAAUGAGGAGAAUCAGAGGCCGCCUGUGCGCAGGAACCUUUCGGGGACCAGUGCUACCUCUAUCGCGACUAAUGGUACUGUUGUUACUGCGCAUCUGAGGUCAUACGAAAAGACAUCUGGUGCCAGUGCUGCGCCUGUCUUUGGCGUGCGGUCUGCUGCAGCUCAUGGCGUUUCUGCGUCUACACCGCCGGUUACAACUGCGGCGAGCGAAGGAACAUUUGGACGCUUCCAACGCGCGUGGGCGUCCGUGUUUGGCAAUGUGCUUGGAAAGCGCAAAGCCGGCAAUGUGGAUGCGGAAAAGGACAAGGAGAAGAAGGUGCUAGAUGAGCGAAAAAGAGCUGCGGACGCGGCGUACCAGGAAGCCAAAGAGUUGGGUCUUCUGCCUACUCCAAAGGUUUUUGUGAGACCGACAUCGACUAUGAAGUCGCACAAGUGUGUGGCCGAUGCGGCAACCCCAGUCCGAUCCCCGAAAACACCCACGCUCUAUCGCUCACCGAGCAAGAAGGAUCUACACAAGCAGAAGAAGCUCUUGAGACGCGUUUCCGACCUCGAAGGCAAACUUGCGUCUGCGAGAAAGGAACUCCAGACCGUUCUCCACGACGACCUACCUCCCGUUCCGCCUCUCCCUACCCUACUGCCACCGACUCCGAACACGAGCCCGAGCGACAACGAGGCUUUCCUGCACGAGCCUGCCUCGACUCCCGCCCCCGAACCCCACAGCACCGGCAAGAUUACAAAGAAACGCAAAGUCGCCGUCGACGAGGAUGCAGAUUACAAGCCCAUACCCACCGACUCCGAGGGCGACAUCUCCAUGUCCGGAACCUCGGAACCUGAACGCACGCCCAAGCGUGUCAAGUCCACGUCUUCACGGAAGAAUCUGAAAAAACAGCCCUCGCGCUUGCAGAAAAGGAACCCGCGGAAUAGCCUCAGUAAGGAAGAGGUUGUCACUGUGGUCCCGGAUGGCGUCAGUGUGCCGCCUAUUCCCCAGUUGCCCAAGGGAAUGGAGAAGGAGGGGAAGAGAGCUGCUGUGAGGGGACAGGAGGAUGGGUAUGGGGGCUUGGAGCACGAGAUGUUCUGA